GGUCCUUUUGACGAGCAAUGCAUUGGCUGGAAAUGAAGUCUGAACUACAACCGUAUUACCCUUUCAGUAGAUGCCCCCGGAUCCAGGAGGAGUUCAGGCAGUAUCUUGAAUCCACCCCGAACAAGAAGCACAUCUCGAAGGAGGAGAAGCUUAAGCUGGUGGCAUGGCUCGUUGACCCAAACGCCAAGCCUACGUGCCAGAAGGACUACAGCCGCCGCAACUACGCCCAGAAGACGUACAGAUGGGACGAGAGCCGCCAGGAGCUCUGGGCCAUGGCGAAGAAGGACAAGGGCGGGGAUCGCAUAGUCAUCACGGUGGAUGAAAUCCUAGAUGUAGUGGAGCGCGUACACACGGCCAACCACGGAGGGUGGGAUGCAACUUGGGACCGCGUCAGCCGCAAGUACUGCGGCAUUGUUCGAUCCGACAUCAUCUUCCUCGUCAAACGGUGCGGCCUGUGCCAGUCGGAUCCGCGAAAGAGGGCAAAAGGAGGCCAGGCUCAGUCCCCUGCUUCUACCACUGCCUAUGCUUCGACUCCGUCGCCUCCAAUGACACCCCCUGAGCCUCAGAUCGAGUACGACGAGAGCUCGUACGACGAUAACGAGGACGGCGAGAACGAGGGCAACGACGUGAUCCAAUACUGGCAGGAGCAAGUGUGGCAUCAAGAAUGGAUGGACAUGCAAAUCGACCCAUCCCUGCUCCCCUAUUACGACUAUUCCGUGGGCGAGUCCUCGAGCAGCGGCAGCAGCAACACUUAUACCUACGAUUUCGGACAAUAA